CAAACACCAAAACCCAAACCCAAAGGCUCACGCACCUGCGAAACACUCCACUCUACAGAACACACACUAUAUUUCGUGUAUUUUUAUUUUAUUUUCACCUACUUCGCUUUUUCUCUCCAAAAUCCCACACCCAGCAACGCUAUUUCUCUCACUGUUGCUCCCAAAUGCUGAAUCUGAAGCGCACCCAUUGAUCUGCGCUUUGGAACAGAAAGCUGAGAUUUUGGCGUUCUGGGAGGGCCAAAACCCUCAUGAGAGAGGCAAUGUGAGGGAAAGUUUGCACCUUUGGAAGGUCCUAUAAUGGUGGCUGCCAUUUCCGAAGACCCAUUGACCUCUACAGAGAAAGACAACAAUGGCAGCAUACCCAGAAGACCAAAGGGUAGACAAGUUUCUUCCAGGUACAUGUCUCACUCACCUUCACCUUCACCUUCACCUUCUUCAACAACAACAACGACAACAUCGACUUCAUCAUCAACAACAACAACAACAACUUCGUCCUCUCGUCGAUUCCCUUCUCCUCUGUUGUCACAUUCCACCAAUUCUUCAACCCCUUUGGUCCCAAAACGUUCCCAAUCGGUGGACCGCCGGCGACCGCGACCCAUGACACCACUUCCUGACGCGGCGAAGCUUCUGGUAACUUCUACGCGGAGCUUGUCCGUGUCCUUCCAAGGAGAAGCCUUUUCGCUACCCAUUAGCAAGACCAAAGCCGCCGCCGCCACCCCACCUUCCCGAAAAGCCCCCACGCCGGAGCGUCGGAGGCCCACUCCGGUCACCGUCAGAGGGGAAAAUUCCCGACCGGCGGAUCAACACCGGUGGCCGGCGAGGACCCGGCAACCCGAUCAUCUUUCCAAGAGUAUGGAUUGCAGUGACAAGAAAAAGGUGGUGGGAAAUGGGUUUGGUAAAGUGGUUCGUGCUCUGCAGCAAUCAAUGGAGGGUGAUAGGAGUAGAAGGGCUUCUUUUGGUGGUUUGAGUUUGGAUUUGGGUAAAGCUGAGUUGUUGAAAGCUUCUUCUAAGCUUCAUUCUGAUGGAAGUUUGGUGACUCAAUCUUCAUUGCCUUGUGAUCUCACUGCUUCUGAUACUGAUAGUGUUUCUUCUGGUAGCACUUCAGGGGCACAUGAUUCUGCUGGGGCUAAUAAGGCUUCUAAGGAGCCUCGUGGCAUUGUUGUGUCUGCCAGGUUCUGGCAGGAAACUAAUAGCCGCCUGCGGCGGUUGCAGGACCCCGGUUCUCCUUUGUCAACUAGUCCUGCUUCUAGAAACUCUGUGUCAAACAAGAAUUCUCAAUUGAAAAGGUAUAAUAGUGAUGGCCCUGUGUUGUCGCCAAGAACAAUGGCUUCUCCUGUCAGGGGAAAUGCUCGCCCUGCUUCACCGAGUAAACUUUGGGCAUCUACAGGUGCUGGAUCCUCGCCGUCGAGGGGCAUUCCUAGUCCUGCUAGGGUGAGAAUUGCAGUUACCAGCUCGAUCAAUAGUAAUUCGAGUAACACACCUUCGAUUCUUAGCUUCUCUGCUGACGUGAGGAGAGGGAAGAUUGGGGAGGAUCGGAUAUUUGAUGCGCAUUCGUUGAGGCUUCUGUAUAACCGAUAUGUGCAGUGGCGGUUUGUUAAUGCGAGGGCAGAUGCUACCUUUAUGGUGCAGAAGCUGAAUGCUGAGAGACAUUUGUGGAAUGCAUGGGUAACAAUCUCAGAACUCCGGCAUUCAGUCAUACUUAAAAGAAUCAAGCUUGUAUUGCUGAGGCAAAAGUUGAAGUUAACUUCCAUUCUAAAAGGACAGAUUUCUUAUUUGGAAGAAUGGGCCCUUUUAGAUAGAGAUCAUUCCAGUUCUUUGCUCGGAGCAACUGAAGCUUUGAGGGCCAGUACCCUCCGUCUUCCAGUUGUUGAAAAAGCAAUAGCUGAUGUACCAAAUCUAAAGGAUGCUUUGGGGUCAGCAGUUGAUGUGAUGCAGGCAAUGGCAUCCUCAAUAUACACUCUUUCUUCGAAGGUGGAAGAAACUAACUGCUUGGUGGCGGAAAUCCUAAAGGUGACCUCAAAAGAAAGGUUUUUACUUGAACAAUGCAAGGAUUUUUUGUCCUCAUUAGCAGCCAUGCAGGUCAAGGAUUGUAGCUUAAGAACACAUAUGUUACAACUUUCUCACGUGCCAACCUCCAGCUGCCUGACAACACAUGUGUAGAACUGAUCUUAUUUGACAACUCACUCUUAAUGCUAACACUACUACUCCCAGCCUUUUAUUUUCCACAGGGUGGAGAUAUAACACACAAGGUAAUAAGAAUGGAAUGGGGUUAAUUGCUGGUUUUUGGUGUUCAUUUGACAUUUUUGAAACCUGUUGUGGUCUGUCUUGUAUGUGUCGUGUGUAGUAUAUCUUUGUGUCUGAAUAUUACAGUUUACAAAGGAAAGAAAAGGUGGCUUUUCUCUCACUAGUUAGCUAGCUGUAUACAAUUACCUUGUCAUUUGAGGAAAGCGAGUGUCUGUGUAUAUAUCUAUAUGUAAUCAACUAAUCAUUGUUUAUUAGGUAGUUUGUUGCUUAGAUCUUCAUUUGAAUCCCUGGUAUAUGCUUUUGCAGCUCUGGUGGUUUUAUCAUUUUUGUACUUUUUUAGUUAUCACUGGCAUGACUUUGCAUGUAAAUCAUCAGAACAAUUAUUAUUGUGGACUCUAAUUGCUAGCUGCUGGGAGAACAGAUGUUUGAAGAUGUGUUUAUGCUCCUCCUUGUUGUAAAUAAGUGAAACGUGAUUAUCAUAG